AUGCUUAUACAAGGUUCACAACGUCUCGGGAACAAACUGAUUAUACAAAGCCCUCCUUUGACAUCGACUACAAUGGGAAUCUCGGUGUCAAACUGUACGUCUCGUGGAAGAUCUCCUUUUUUACGGAGGUCUCGACGAGUUCCCACUCCUGUCGUAGCUAUGGAAGGAGUGGUGCGUCUUCGUGAGCGAUUCCAAAGGAGGAACACUGGUACGCAGGUGGAUAAAACAGCCGCUCUUGAAGGGUUCAGGUUUCCAUGGCCUUUCCCCAAAAAACCAUCAUCUUUUUAUAACAUGGUGUCGUAUUUCACGAUAGGAGCUGUAGCAUCAGUGUCAAAGCUGCUCUUCCUUCGAGUUGCUAAUCAACUCGUAGUGCAUAACAAAGAGCGUUUUAUGAAUGUUUGGAUGGAUAGGUCACGGCCCUUGAUUACUAUAUCAAAUCACAGAAGUAACAUUGAUGAUCCUCUUAUGUGGGGUUUUAUAACAACUCGAGAGAUGUGCAAAAAUAUCGACCGUCACCGUUAUACAUUGGCGGCACACAACAUAUGCUUCACAAAGCCCUCACAUAUAAAGUUCUUCUCUUUGGGUCGUUGUGUGCCUUGUGUUCGUGGUGAAGGAGUUUAUCAGAAGGGCAUGGACUUUUGUGUGGACAAAUUGAACGAAAAUGGCUGGGUUCAUAUGUUUCCAGAAGGUCGAGUUACUGUGGAGCCGCUUCGGUUUAAAUGGGGAGUUGGCCGUCUGAUUGAAGACACUGCCGUUCCUCCAAUAAUUCUCCCUAUCUGGUGUACCAAUAUGGCAAGUGUAUGGCCAACUCAUCCGCCUUAUUAUCCUCGCUUUGGACAUAAAGUCGACAUUCAUAUUGGUGAGCCAUUUGACUCAAAGCAGAUCUUGGAUGAAUUAUCACUGAAGAAAGGUUGGAGUGUGGUGAAGAGAAGGAAAUUCAUCACGGACGCACUCCAAACAGAGUUAUUUGAGCUCGGUGAAGCAGUUGGAAAUCUCACGAAAGGAACUGCCAUGCGUAUACUCAAAGAGAAUCCCAUCGAGCAUUUGGUGUGA